UGUAGUUUGAGUCCUCUGCUGGUUGUUGUUGUUGUUGUUGUUGUUGUUGUUGUUGUUGUGUUUUCUUAUGAUGUUGUGAUGUCGUGCUGUGUCUCCCCCUGCUGGUAGAGGGGGAGUACAGCCCCUGGGACAUGGAGCGACGCUCGGGCUUGUGGCUCCUGUUAGAGGAGGAGACAGAGGAGAAGUUUUCUCUCGUCUCUCAGAACAUCUCCUCAGCAGCAGGAAGUGACAUCACACACUGUGACACACCUGUGGAGCCUGACUCCACCUCCAGCUUGCUGCCCUCUGCACCUCCAUCUGAGACUCCGCCCUCCACCGCCUCCUUCGUCACCACGCCAGACUCCGCCCCCGACCGAGACACAGUUCUGCCAGUGAUGCUCACACCUGUCGGCGUCAUGGGAACGGCUGCUCAGAGACACGCCCUCCUACAACCUGCUAGGGGGCGGGGCUCGUUUGACGAUAUCAGCCCCGAACUGCCGCCAAAGAAGCCCCUCCUUCUGCAGGAGAGAGGGGCGGAGCCAGAGGAGGAGGGGGCAGCAUCAGAGGGGGUGAGGAGGAGGAGGAGACAGAGAGGAGCCCGCAGCCUCCCCCCUCGACUCCUCCUCCCACCUCUGCAGGGGGGGGGCAGGGCUCUCCUCCUCCAGCUGAAGGGGCUCAGAGAGGCUCCAUCCCCUGUACAGGUAGGAACAGAAGGGGGCGGAGCCAGAGCCCUGUGGAGGUCGGUGUUCUCUGGAAACAGGAAGGAGAAGAAGUGGGGCGGGACUUUACCUGCAGAGAGGGUGAAGAAGGACCCAGCCAAUCAGAGGAGAGCUGCAGACGCGAGAGGAGGUCUGACAGAAGAGUCGGAUCUGGACUCAUCGGAUCUGCUGCAGAGGUGUUCGCUGAAACCCAGAAACAAUAGACGCUCUCGGAAGGACAGAGUCCCCCUCCAGGACUCUGAAGGACGGUCCUCUUGUACCACAGAAGUGGUGGGGGUCCUGGUCCAGCCGAAGGAGCCGUCUAGUCUGAGCGUAAAGGAGGAGACCAUGUUCCAGAGGGGACGAGAGGACGAAGACCUGGAUGCCAAAAUCACCCGACGAGUUCAGAGAGCUGUUAGAAGAAAGGCCAAACAGGAGCAGCUGAAGAGACUCCACAAAGCUCAGAUGAUCCAGAGGCAGCUGCAGCAGGUGGAGGAGAAACAGAGACAGCUGGAGGAGCGAGGAGUGAUGGUGGAGAAAGCUCUGAGAGGGGAAGCAGAUUACUGGGGAGACGACAACGACGGGCAAGACAUCGAACUUCACCUGGGAGGACUGGGUAAACUGGAUAAUCCGGCCCUGAUGCAGCAGUGGUUCCAGUUGGUCCAGCAGAAAAACUCUCUGGUUCGAUAUGAAUCUGAACUCAUGAUUUUUGCUCGGGAGUUGGAGCUGGAGGACCGACAGAGUCGACUGCAGCAGGAGCUCAGAGAGCGGAUGGCCGUGGACGACCACCUGAAGGAGGACUGGGAGCUGCUGGAAGAGCGUCUGAUCCUGGAGGAGAUGUUGGAGGUGGUGGAGCAGAGAGACUCCCUGGUGUCUCUGCUGGAGGAACAAAGAGUGCAGGAACGGCAGGAGGACCAGGACCUUGAGGAGGUCAUGAUGAACCGAGGAAUGGGACUCAGCUGGACCUGAACCUGGGGGGUUUUCUGUAAAAACCUGAACUGGUCUGCAUUGAUGUCAUAAUAACUACAAAACUGACUUUAUCGAAGAUUGAUGUCAAAACCAUUUCACGUUACUGUGAUUCCAUGAAACCAGGAAAACCUUCCCAACAGUCCAGACCUGUUUCUGGACCUGAUCUGAAGCGGACUUGUGGAAACCCAAACCAAACUUCUUCCGUCUUCCUUCUUCUUCCAAUCAAAUGUGCCGGGUCAGACCCAGAACAAUAGCUUCCCAACUGAGUUUGACUAAUUGUUCAAUAAAUUAACUGAAUAAAUUUAAAUGAAGUCCUUUGUGAUGUCGGACAUCAGACCUGAUGAGUCUGCAACAGUUUCUGACACUGGAUGUUAGCUAAUAAGCUACAAUAGCUUCCCCUCUUUUGACUCUCCGGCUUGCCGUCCUGUCAGGAUGGCUUGCUGGGUAAAUGCAGCUGGUGUGUGAACUCGGCACGUCUCUUUAAAAUUAAACACCAGAAUUUAAAAAGUUUAAAUAAACUAAAUUAUGUUUAAACUAGUUGUUCUGACGGUUAGCAUAUCCACCAGCCAGCAGGGGGCGCUGCUCGGUUACUGUCAGUCACCUCCAUUGGAACCAUUUAGAUCUCUUUUGAUCCAACAACACAUGGAGCACGUGGCGUUUGCUGUUGAGCUAAUCCCUAACAUGCUAGUUUGAUGGAAACAUGCUAGUGCUAGCCAGCCAUAAUAGCCUGCCAAAUUAGCUAGCACGCGUGACGUAGUGCUAACUACCAGUUAGGGGAGCAUCUAUGUUCUGUAUGUUCUUAUUAUGAAACAUUAAGAGACCUUCAAAGGAUUUUAUGUUCGCAGCAACUCGCUCCUCUCCUGGCCUCACCUGAACCCGGUCUGUCCUGGUCUGAACUGCUGUAAAUCACCCCCUACUGUAUUCCCUGUCGUCAGUCUGGCCUCCGUCGGUCUCAAAGACUGUGUUCGGACCCAGUCCAUGUUCACAGGGAGGCUGCUGAGCCUGGUUCCCUAGUGCGCUCAAUCGGCUCCGGUCUGGUACUAAGUCUAGCGCCCCUCUCCUCGCCCUGGGCCUUAAAACCUCCUCCUCCCAGAGGUCCAAAGCUCCCGUACUAGUGGCGUAAACCAACACCGACCCUCCCCCGGUGCUCCGAUCUCCCAGGCCGGGUAGAGUUUCAGGUUUUAGUUGCAGACUGAAGGGGCCCCAGUUUUUUCCAGGUGAAAUGUUCAGUUUGUGUUUCCCCAGGUCAGGAUGUUGGAGUUAGUUUGUAGCCUACUGAUGUUCCUCUCCCUCUAACCCAAACCCUGAGAUUGUGGCGAAGACUUUAGACGCUGUCCACAGUGGCUGAACAGAUUUUUACCACUGCAUUUAAACCGUCCACCCCGCUUCGAUCUUUGAAAUAGGACCCUGGGAGCUCAGGGCUGAGCCGCCUGUACAGCAUCUUACAGACUUCAAACCCGUCCUGAGUACAGAAGUGCUUCUGCACACAAGAACACAAAUGACUUCCUGUAACCAGAGUAACUGUGUGUGGUGACCGGGCUUCAGCUGUGUUGGUGUUUAAUCAAAGAUUCAGUAUUAAAUCGAGGUUCAGCAGGUUAUUAAAGUUAUUCUGACAUUUUGAUUACUGUGCCAACUUCAUCAGCUGUUGAUCAGUUCUACCAAACUUCACCUAUCAGCCUUACUUCACCUGAUCACCUGAUCAAUAUGUGUUUAUUAAUCCUGUUCAUGUAAAACCAUUAAAGUCGUGUGUCUGUGGUGAGCUGAUGCUCAUAAUGCAACUUUAACUGCAGCCUUCUUGGAUAAUAAAAUAUUCACAUCAGG